CUCCCCUGAAUCUGAACAGGUUGCCUCCUCGCGCACCUUUAUCGCUCUUUGCCUGUUAAACUGUAACCGUCCUCGUGCAGUGCUGGAGCUCGUGGUCUACCGUGAUAAAACAGGAGGGCAACGAACCAGGAACACUCUUAUAUUUGAACUACAUCGAUACAGUGAAGCGGGAGACCGGACUACACUUAAUUCAGAGGGUGGUGGAGAGAGAAAAGGGAAGAAGUGAGCGUCGUGGGAGGGCGGGCCACCUGUGACGGCGUGUGGAGGAGCUUCAGUCAGUCCCACUGUCAGUACUGUGGGUUAUUCAGUCAGUGGGUGUUUGUGGGUUUGUCAGUGCAGUCUCAUGCGUGUAAAGUCCACUUGGAUUAUCGGGUGCUCCAGGAAACGUACAGACCUUUAUCUCCGAGGAAUUUGUACAGCAGGUUCUUCACUCUCCUGAACAGCAGUUUCAAAGAGCCUGCCUCGCUUUGUCAAAACUACGUGCACUGGUUCGUGUCUGCAGGGGGUGUCUUUGAGAAGUAGGCUGAACAUGUUUGUGUGAGAACUUCACAUGCCUGUACGCUCCAGUCAGAGGAGAGAACCUGUCCUGUGAGGCCCCUCGGCUAUGGAGAUGCAGAGAGCUCGAUCCUCUGCGGCGCGGCUCCUGCUGCUGAGCUGCUGGGUGUGUGCUGCAGCCGGCUACCCGUUCAGACCGCCCCUGGACCUCGAUGUGACUCCACGUAUCACAGUGUUGAGCAGCGGUCUCCAGGGCUGCAGGCGCUUCCAGUCGUCUGCAGUCAACUACAGCACCAUGUUGCUGGAGGCUGACAGCGAGCGUCUCUACGUGGGGGCUCGGGGGGCUGUAUUCGCUCUUAAUGCCUCCGACAUCUCAGCCAGCUCUGCUCUCACUAUUGAGUGGGAGGCCUCCUCCGAGCAAAAACUUCAGUGUAUGCUCAAGGGAAAAGACAAUAAGACGGAGUGUUUUAAUCACAUUCGCUUCCUCCAGAGGUUCAACUCCACUCAUCUCUACAUGUGUGGGACGUAUGCCUUCAGACCACUCUGUGCAUAUAUAAACGAGGAGAAGUUUGUCAUGUCAUCUCAGCCUGAAGACGGCAAAGAUAAAUGCCCCUAUGGGCCGACAAUGGGCUACACAGGCCUCAUCAUUGACCAACAGAUGUAUACAGCCUCCCAGUACUGGUUCAGGGGAUUCCCAGACAUCCGACGCAACUCACCGUUCCCCACACUGAAGACAGAGGAUGCUCCCACCCGCUGGCUGAACGAGGCAGACUUUGUCGGCUCUGCUCUGGUUCGAGAAAGCUCAGACAGCAGCUCCGGCGAUGAUGACAAAAUCUACUUCUUCUUCACCGAGAAGAGCCAGGAGCAGACAACGACGUACAGUCACAGCAGGGUGGCUCGGGUGGCUCGGGUUUGUAAGGGGGACCGAGGAGGCCAGUUCACUCUCCAGAAACGCUGGACGUCCUUCCUCAAAGCAAGGCUGACGUGUUCUCUACCCGAGUACGACUUCCACUUCAACGUGCUGCGGAGCAUGUUCGUCAUGCCCGGCCACACGCCGCAGGAAACGCUCUUCUACGGCAUCUUUGGCCUGGAGUGGAAAAACGUGAAGGCGUCUGCAGUGUGUCGGUUCUCUCUGUCUGAAGUCCAGGAGGCCUUUCAAGGACCUUACAUGGAGAACCAGGACUCUGGCUCUAAGUGGAAGGAGUACACUGGAAAGAUCCCUGACCCACGACCUGGAACGUGUAUAACCGACGCUCUGAGGGCCAAGGGCAUAAAUGUGUCCACCUCCCUGCCUGAUGAUGUGCUGGAUUUUGUCAGGAGGCAUCCUCUGAUGUCCCAGCAGGUCCAACCUUCAGACAGACGUCCACUUCUGUUCAGGAGGACCACAGACUACACACACAUGGCUGUAGAAAUGAUACAAGGCUUAGAUGGACAAACAUACCAUGUAUUAUAUAUGGGCACAGAUGAAGGAUGGUUACAUAAAGCUGUAGAAGUCGAGGGUCAGCUGCACAUUAUCGAGGAGCUUCAGGUCUUUGAGGAGCCACAGCCUGUUAACAACCUGAGGGUGUCUGCUAAACAGAUGAGUGUCUACGUCAGUUCUCCCUCAGGUGUGGUGCAGCUCCCACUCUCUAACUGCGCCAGAUACACUUCCUGCUAUGACUGCAUCUUUUCCAGAGACCCUCACUGUGGCUGGAACGGAGCCCAAUGUGUGGACAUCAUGUCACAGGCAGAUAGAUCCACUUUAAUCCAAGAUAUCCAGCAUGGGAGGAGUGGAUGUGAGAACACGCAAGAUGGUGUUGUACUCCGUAGCCGUGCUGUGCGUGUUGGCGAUGACGUCCUGCUGCAGUGCGAGCUCAGCUCCAACCUGGCAACUCCUCUCUGGACUCUGGACGACAGCGAGCUGCAGGGCUACGGCCUCAACUCCGGCUUCAGAACCGGCACAGAUGGCCUGCUGAUCAUCGAGGCCCGGCAGGACCAGAGCGGACUCUACACCUGCUUCGCUGUUGAGAACAGCAUCAAGGUUGCCAUGGUUUCCUACAAUGUCACUAUCCGCCUGGACCUGCCCCCUCCCCCACCUGUUGAGGCAACUGAGGACUCUUACAGUCUCUUCGCCACUCACCCACCACCGACUCAGCAUCCUUGGUCAGAGAGGCCCCUUCCUCCAUCUCCGGCCUCUCUCCUCCCCCACUCAGAGCUGCUCUCCCCCAGAAACAUGCAGGCCAUGUACCUGUCCCUCAUUACUGUCCUCGGCGGUCUGUGCAUGGUCCUCACCGUUGUCCUGGUCUACGUUGGUUUCUGCCUACGAGUUGGUAACAGAGGGAAGUACUCCCUACGCGCUGCAGCUGCUGCUUAUCCCAUCAACAAGAGGCACAACAGGAACAGGAAACAUAGCAGAAACUCCGCCCACAUGGAACUGAAGACUAUCUCAAGCCACUGUAACGGCAACGGGAUUUGUAAUGGAGUUUCAAAGCAGCACAACGGUGACAUCCAGGAGGGAGGCUUCCUCCAAAUCGUCCCGGGUGAGGGUCACACGUCGCCCAAUAAGGAGCCUCCUCCCCCAGCUCCUCCUCUACCACCGACUCCUCUUCUUCCCUCUCCAGAGUGUGAAUUUCCAAACGGGCUGUCCGCCACACUGCCCAGCGUCCUGAGGAGGAUGAACGGCAACAGCUACGUGCUGCUGAGGCAGAGCGACUCUGAAAACACAUCCUCGCUCUGCCACUCCUUCGCUGAGGAGCUAAACAAGAUCUUAGAGAAGAGGAAACACACUCAGCUGCUUCCAAGGCCAGAUGAGAGCUCUGUGUAGACUGAUGUAGCUCCCCCUGUGGUGGGAGAACUGCUGUGUUUUUACCUGGUGCUGAAGUGCCUGGCAUAUGACUCAUGAUUGCUCAGACUGAAGCAACAUAAGAGUCAUGUCUACAUUUUUAUUUUGGAUUUUCUCUUUGAAGUCCAGUUUGAGCUGAUUGACGUCCACAAUUCAUGAAUUUCCCAACCACUCACAAGGGAGAAUUAAAAUUCUGGGAAGGGAUCAAGAAUAAAACAAAGAGUUAUCUACCUCACCUCAAAAGUGGGACAUGGGCCGUCAGUCUAAUCUCAGCCGCAGAAACAUCUCUGAUCCACAAAGCACAAAGAGGGGCCCACGGCCUCUGAGGAAGAGCAGAGCCCCACAGGAAUAUAAAUACAUGUGAAGACUUCUGCUGUGAGGCGGCCAUAUUUGGCUGGAUUUCAAAUGGAGGGCAGCUAGCCAAAGUUUGUUUGCACUGACAAGUGCACAGAUGGCCUAUGCAUUUUUAAACCAUGACAUUCACACGUUAUAAAUAUUGAGGGAGAUGGACGUGGUGACCGAGGGAGUUUGGUUGGUGAUGAUUUAAAAACUGACUCAAGACUUAAUAUUAAACACUAACUCAGAUCAGCACAUCACACUUUAAACCAGCCUUCCUUAAGAAAUGGUGAACUAAUCCUUUUUUAAUACAAAAAAAGUACAUAAAUAUGUAUAUAUGAAUAACCUUUGACUGCCAUUUCUAACAUUUUAUGGGUAAUUAAAUUAUUUACUGUAACAUGCUGCAGUUGUAGAUCACAGUAUGUGGUAAAAAAUUGCCUCAUGGAGGCGUAUAUUGGCUUCCAUUCACAUGUUUUAAAUCAAGUCAGCAGUUCUGAUAACAAACGGCCAUCCAACGCACACUUAUAUAAGAUUAAUGUGAAUUCAUAAUAAAUACAAUUUCCAAACAUAACAGGCAAAUUAAUAAACAAAUAGCAUAAAUUAACGUUUGCAUAAUGUCAGAAAUACGAAGUAGUGAUUAUUUCACCAUGCAGGAAAGGACAACCUGACUAAAUAUGACAGUAUUAUUCAUUUAAUGCACUUUUAAUUCCAGUUUUAAAGCUCUUUGAGAAAGUGAAUGGACACUCACUCAGACCUUGACUCAAGAGGCAGCCGGCAGGAGGAGCUUUUUUUUAUCGUCUGUCUCUCAGUGUGAAGAGCUGCAUGUGUGUCUGCUGGACCUUGUUUGACACAAGUGGAUUAGAGGGAAACAUUGACUGUCUCAGAUGAACCCAAACCCUCUGCUGACUGAGUGACAACCAGCAGGAGGCUAUUACACAGAGUGAAGGACUGUGAGGAAGACGGGGAGCCAAAAGAAUCUGAGGUCUGCAUGGGUCAGUUCCUUAAUUUCAUUCUCGGGGACACAAACUCCCAACCAGCGUCAGAUGGCAGGACCCGCUGCAGAGAUGUUCUUUUAAUGAGCAGUCAAAUGAAAUCCACCAUCAUUAGAGGACGGCUGAGCCCAGAUGAGAAAGAAAGGCUGGAUAAGGGCUUCUGCAUGAAAGUGUCUGCACCUACAGCUCUGCCCUCACACAACUGGAAUGAAAAUUGUCAGCUGCAGUGUCUCGCCGAGCAAUGUUUGUCCCUCAGACAGCCGGGCUUUGUGUGCACAGAGUGUUCUUGCCUUGGUGCAAACUGUCUUGACCAAACUAUAUAAACUCUGACUUCCUGUCACACCUGCUGCAUGAAUUCUUGUCAACAGUGCUUUCUUUCUUCUUUAAGUAACAAGGAUAACUCUUUGAUUUUAAUGAAAAGUGCCAAGUUGAUGUUUAAAAAGUGCUUUUUCCUGCAAAAACCAGAAGGGAAAUGUUUUAUGAGGCUUAUUUAUUUUUCAAAUUUUGUACAUUGUGUUGUUGGAAGUUCUUGUCAAUGUUGUUGUUUUUAAAUGCCACUUGUUAAUCACUUUGCUGGUGCACAAGUGGCCUGUGUUGCACAAAAUGUGAUAAAUAAGAGCACGGUAGCCAAGAGCAUGCUGAGACUGUACCAGCAACGACAUCAUUCAAUAUGUAUAACCUACUAAUGGGAAGAAAAUGACACCACUUUACCUUUUUACUGUAACCUUUUUAUUAGGGAUCAUUCGGCUUUCCUGUCACUUUAAUGUCCACAUAUUAGCUUGAUUUCUAUUUGCAUGUUACACUCGGUUUGUGCACAAACUAACACAGAGAAUAAAGGGGCAGUGAGUUCCUUCACAUUUCAAAGAGUUCAAAUAAACUUUGUACUUCAUCUCUUUUCAA